CACAAGAAUCACAACAAGCAAACAAGGAAACGUCUUGAGGUCACAACACAGAAAACCUGUCGGCUUUUGCUUUGUUGACUGAUCGGUUCAGAGUUCAUCUGUCGGAUUUCAAUCAGUUCAUCUUUAAUUCUUGGCUGCAACACCUUCAAAUCUUUUUACUUUUCCAGGCAGGAGGAAUUGCAACUUGCCCCAAACAUGAGCACUAAAAGAGUCCCUUCAUAUGGUUCGUCUUCUUCUUCUUCCAGUAGUUGGAAAUAUGAUGUAUUUAUAAAUUUUGAAGGUGAAGGCACUGGCAAGAAUUUCACGGAUCAUUUGUAUGUUGCUUUGUAUGGAGAAAGAUUUAAAGUAUAUAAAAUUGACAAAGAAAUUGAUAGAGGAACACCCGUUUCACCAGAACUUGUAAGAAAAGCAAUUGAAGAGUCAAGAAUUUCAAUUGUUGUUUUCUCGAAAAGUUAUGCUUCUUCUACUCGGUGUUUGGAUGAACUUUUGAAGAUUAGUGAGUGUAAGAACACAGUGGGACAAAUUAUCAUUCCAAUUUUCUAUGAUGUGGAGCCAUCUGUGCCAAGAAAACAAAAUGGAGACUUUCGAAAAGCAUUUGCUGAACAUGAAGAAACUUUGAAAGAGAACAUAGAGGAGGUGCAAGUAUGGAGGAAUACUUUGAAAGAGGUGGCCAAUAUCUCUGGAUUUCCCUUGAAGGAUAGGUACGAGUCAGAAUUGAUUGAAGAUGUUGUUGAAGAAGUGAGAAGAAAAUUAAGUGUUUCAGGUUCAAGAUUGAUGAAUUUGAAGAAAGUAAUAGUUGGUGUGAGUUCAUGUUUAGAGCAGCUAUGGAUGCAGGCAGAGAUACGAAGGCCAAGGGUUCAAUGGAGGCAAUCAUCAAUUGCCCCAACUCUAAUCCCCUGUUUUUUUUUGAGCCUUUUAUAGAGUUUUGAAAAAAUGAAGUCACCGCUUGACAACGACGUGUUGAAAUAUUUGUGGAUAUUCCACUGCCACAUGCUGAGCUGCGACAUUUUGAGUUUCAUUGACCAGUGUUUUAGGCUUCUCUCAUUGGCUAUUAUGAUGACAGCUUUGUAUUUGAUUUGGCUUUCUUUUCAUUGACUAGUAAGAUGCUAGCUUUUAUUGUGUAAGAAUUUCAAUUUGAAUUAAAAUUUAAAU